GUCAAUAUCCAUAUAAUACAGAAAUAUAUUUGCAAUUUGAUGAUGAUAUUUUACAGUUUUGGAAAUAUAUCAAAGGUUAUAGUAAGGAGCUACAUAAAUCCAAGAAGAAAUCAGCUGAAGGUUAUAGAAUGAAUGCAAGUCAUGAGAGUAAUAAGUUUCAAGAGGAAUUCGAAAAUUAUGAAGAAUUCAGAGGAUUUGAAAAUUAUGAAGAAUUCAGAGGAUUCGAAAAUUAUGAAGAAUUUGAAUGUAAUGAAGAAAGUAAUCAUGAAGAAAAUGAUAAUUUUAGCGAAAGCAGAACUUACUGUAAUGUGUUAUCUGGAGAAGAUACAGAUAUAGAUGUCGAUGAUAAAGCUGAUGACCAAGUGAAUUCAGUAGAUUUGUGGAGAUGUUUGGUAGAGCAAUGGCUGUCGUUAAUUGAGGAUGAAGAUAAUGCAGACGAUGACUCUAUAUUAAAUGAAGAAACUAACUUG